GGCGCGUUCUCGUGCACCUCAUAAAUAAGUACGUUCCUGAGGUUUCAACGCAACGGAACGACGAGACUGGACCGCCAGAGAGUCGUAAGUGUUGUGUGUGAACGUGAAGUAGUAGUCGAAGUGACAAAUUGUUAAAAACGCGAGUUAAAAAAAAUUUCUACCAAUCUAUGGAUAAUUUAAACGAUUCAAAGUACAAUCGAUAGCAACGAGACCUGGAGAAUUGGAAUUGACCAGAAUAUAGUCAAGUGAUUCUGAGAGCUUUUAUACACGAAGAAAAUCACCUGAUACAGUCACAAUGGCUACUCUUUCAUUGCGGAUUUCCAUUCCGGAAAAGAAUGCGACCAAAAUGAUGCAAUUUGAUCCAAGUACGUCAGUAUUUGAUGCGUGUAAAAUCAUCCGAGAGAAAUUAGCUGAAGCUACUAAUAUGGGACAACCUAAAGACUAUGGGCUAUUUCUUUCUGAUGAAGAUGCGAAGAAAGGUGUUUGGCUGGAACCAGGACGUAACUUGGACUAUUAUAUCUUACGAAACGGCGAUUUGUUAGAAUAUCGUCGAAAACUACGAACCCUUCGAGUACGAAUGUUGGAUGGAACUCUUAAAACUCUGUUAGUUGAUGAUAGUCAACCUGUUGCUAAUUUGAUGGUUGUAAUCUGUACAAAAAUUGGCAUCACCAAUCAUGAUGAGUAUUCAUUAGUUCGAGAAUUUAUUGAUGAAGAAACGGAAAAUCAAAAACCCGGUAAUUUUGGUACUUUAACAUUAAAAAGACGAAAGGAAGAUAAAGGUGAGAGAGAUGCUAAAAUGGAUCAAUUGAGAAAGAAAUUAAAAACUGAUGAUGAAAUGAAUUGGGUUGAUCCAAGUAAAACAUUAAGAGAACAAGGCAUUGAUGAAUCUGAAACAGUUUUGCUACGCAGAAAGUAUUUCUUUUCUGAUCAAAAUAUUGACAGUCGUGAUCCAGUCCAACUCUCUUUGCUUUAUGUCCAAGCACGAGAUGCUAUUUUGGAUGGAACUCAUCCAGUUACUCAAGAGAAAGCUUGUACAUUUGCUGGAAUUCAAUGUCAAAUUCAAUUUGGUGAUCAUAAGGAAGAUAAACACAAGCCUGGAUUCCUCGACCUAAAAGAAUUCCUUCCUCAAUCUUACGUCAAAGUUAAAGGAAUUGAAAAAAAAGUUUUUGCUGAGCACAAAAAACACAUUGGGCUUUCGGAGUUGGAUGCCAAAGUACUUUACACGAAAACAGCAAGAUCUUUAAGCACUUAUGGGCUAACUUUCUUUUUAGUUAAAGAAAAAAUGGUUGGUAAAAAUAAACUUGUGCCUAGACUUUUGGGAGUCACCAAGGAUUCAGUUUUGAGAUUAGAUGAAAGAACAAAAGAAAUUUUAAAAACGUGGCCUUUAACUACAGUUAGACGAUGGGGAGCAUCUCCUAAUACUUUUACUCUUGAUUUUGGUGACUAUUCAGAUCAGUACUACAGUGUUCAAACAACAGAAGCUGAACAAAUUGUUCAACUUAUUUCUGGAUAUAUUGAUAUUAUUUUGAAGAAACAAAAAUCCAAGGAACAUUUUGGAAUUGAAGGUGAUGAAGGAUCUACCAUGGUUGAAGACAGUGUCUCUCCGCUCAAGGCGACUAUCAUGCAACAUGAGACUAGUAACGUGGGAAAAGGAAGUGUGGAAGCUGUUUCUGUGGCUAUUCCUGCUGUCAUGAGAGUUGGUGGUGAUGGAGCUCGACCUUAUGGAACUGGACACAUGGGAAGUGCCCAGUACACUACCAUCAGCGGACAAGUUAAUAUUGCUCAUGCACCUCCAAUGGUUCAACAAACUAAGGUCACUUCAGUUCUCUCUGAACCUCAAAGAGCUCUGUUAUCAACAAUCACAGCUGGACAUGAGGUGAUCCACAUUGCAGAAACAGAAUUGACAACGAAAGCUCAAUUACCAGAGCUUGGCAAUGAUCCUGCUUCGCUAAAAUGGAUCGCUCAAACAAUGGUGACUCACAAACAAAAUGUGGGUACUCAGAUUGCCGAAAUGAAUGCUGCUACGGCUCAAGUUGUGACUUUGACCUCAGGAUCAGCUGAAGAAGUUGAUCACACUGCUGUAGGCGAAGCUAUUUCAACAAUUGCUACGAAUAUACCAGAAAUGACAAAAGGAGUACGAAUGAUUGCUGCUUUAAUGGACGAUGAUAAGUCUGGAGAUCAUCUAUUGGAUGCUGCUCGAAAACUUUGCACUGCUUUUUCGGAUUUACUGAAAGCUACUGAACCAGAAACUAAAGAGCCCCGACAAAAUCUACUGAAUGCAGCAUCUCGAGUAGGAGAAGCAUCUCACCAAGUUCUAACAACAAUUGGUGAAGAAAAUGACUCGAAUCGUGAACUUCAGGAUACGCUUUUAGCUCUGGCUAAAGCUGUAGCCAACACAACAGCAGCAUUAGUUUUGAAAGCUCGAAAUAUCGCAGCAACUUGUGAAGACUCUCAGACUCAAAACCGGGUAAUUUCAGCCGCAACUCAGUGUGCCCUAGCAACAUCUCAAUUGGUAGCAUGUGCUAAAGUGGUCGCUCCAACUCUUCAAUCUCCAGCAUGUCAAACCCAAUUAAUGAACGCAGUUCGAGAAGUCACGAAAGCCGUAGAAAAUCUAGUAGACGUUUGUAAUGAGACUUGUAGUGAUGAAAAUCUUCUGAAGGAACUCAGUGCAGCAGCUGCAGAAGUUAGUAGGACUUUAAACGACUUAUUAAGUCAUAUUAGAACUGCUACGAAAUCUGGAGAACGUGCGAAAGAGGUUGUUCACGAAGGAGCAGUAGAAACAAUCAUUACUGCAACUGAAAGACUAUUUUCUUCUAGUGGAGAUGCUGGUGAAAUGGUUCGUCAAGCUAGAAUUGUUGGUCAAGCAACAGCUCAAUUGAUUCAAAGUAUUAAGGGUGAAGCCGAAAGACAAACAGACACAGAACAACAAAGAAGACUUUUAGCUGCUGCUAAGACUCUUGCUGAUGCAACAGCGAAAAUGGUAGAAGCAGCAAGACAGUGUGCUUCAUCACCACAUGAUUCUAAAAUGCAAGAUCAAUUAAAAUCUGCUGCUGAAGAAUUAAGAGUUGCUACCAGUGCUGCUACAACACCUUCAUUAAGAAGAAAAGUUACAAAAGCUGAAGAAAUUAUUGUUGAUAAAUCUUUAUUUUCCAGAGCAGCUCAGUCAAUCCAUGCUGGAUGUGAAAAAUUAAUUAAUCCUAACAGUACUAAACAGCAAAUCUUAGAAGCUGCUACUAUGAUUGCAAAACAUACUAGUGCCUUGUGUAAUGCCUGCAGACAUGCUUCAAGUAAAACCAAUGAUCCUGUCUCUAAACGACAUUAUGUGAAGUCAGCAAAAGAUGUAGCUAACUCUACUGCUAAUUUGGUCAAAGAAAUUAAGGCUUUGGAUAAAGAUUAUUGUGAAAUGAACCGAGAAAAAUGUUCUGACGCAACUAAACCUCUUUUAGAAGCUGUUGAUAAUUUAUGUGCUUUUGCUGGUUGCACAGAAUACAUCAGAACUGUUACACAUGUUCAAGAAACUAUUACAGGCCCAGAGAAAGCUAUUAUUGAUGGAGCUUGUGCUAUGGUUCAAGCAGCAAAGAGUCUUCAAGCAAGUCCAAAAGAUGAACCUACAUGGCAACUAUUGGCUCAUCACAGUAAGAGUGUGAGUGAUUCUAUCAAGACUUUGGUUGCUUCGAUCAGAGACAAGAGUCCAGGAGCUGAUGAAUGUGAUAUUGCCAUUGAAAAAUUAAUUGCCAGAAUUAAAGAAUUAGAUUCUGCUACUUUGAGUGUAGUUUCACAAAGUUUAGUGCAAAGACAUGAGAACUCUCAAGAAGGAUUUAUUGAAGAGAUGGAUCAAAGUGUUGCUGAGUUAUUAAAUAAAUUGGAACCAUUGAGAGCAUCUGCUAAAUAUGAAGCUGAUAGUAUUGGACCUUGUGUUCAAGCAGUUGCUAACUGUUGUGAACCACUAGUUACAGCAGCUAUUGGCGCUGCAUCUAACAUGGUCAGUUCUAAACAACAAACUGUACUUCUGGAUCAAACUAAAACCGUUGCCGAGUCAACACUUCAACUAGUUUACAUCACUAAAGAGGCUGCAGGCAACCCAGAAGCUGUUGCACUUCACUCUGAAAUUGAUGAAAGCGUAGAGUGUACUAAAGAUGCAUUGAGAGAUCUGAACAGCACUUUGGAAUCCAUUUCUACGUCUCAUGGAAUUGUCACUGGUCUAAUUGAAACCAUUUCUAGAGCUAUGAUGAGAUUGGAAGAAACAAGAAUAUCAGACUCUGUUGAUUCGUAUGUUGAUUAUCAAACCAGAAUGGUUGAAGCAGCGAAGGAAAUUGCUAGAAUCGCUCAAGAGAUGUCCACAAAAUCCAGUACUGAUGCAUCAAGGCUAGGCCCUUUGGCUGUAGAUAUUUCACAUAAGUAUACUCAGCUUGCCAGAGAUACUUUGGGCGCUUCAGCUGCUGCCUCGACUGCUGAAGUAUCAACAAGACUCCGAAAUGGAGUUCAGGAGUUAGGCAGAGCUUGUGCUGAUAUUGUUCGAGCUGCUGGAAUUUGUCAGUUGUCUCCAAAAGAUUCUUAUGCUCAACGAGAAGUCUCAGAACAAGGUAAAAUUGUAACAGAACGAGUUUCUCAGGUCUUAGCAGCUUUACAAGCUGGAUCAAGAGGUACUCAAGCGUGUAUUAAUGCUGCUAGUACGGUUUCCGGUAUUAUUGGAGACCUCGAUACCACAAUUAUGUUUGCUACAGCUGGUACUCUUCAUGCUGAGAAUGAAGGAGAUACUUUUGCUGAUCAUCGAGAAAAUAUUUUAAAAACUGCUAAAGCUUUAGUUGAAGAUACUAAAACUCUAGUAGCUGGAGCAGCUUCUUCUCAAGAACAACUAGCUGUUGCUGCUCAAAAUGCAGUUUCUACCAUUGUACAACUAGCAGAAGUGGUAAAAUAUGGUGCUGCAAGUCUUGGAAGUCAAAAUUUCGAGGCACAAGUGAUGUUAAUCAAUGCAGUUAGAGAUGUUGCUUCAGCCCUUGGUGAUUUAAUUCAUGCUACAAAAGCAGCAAGUGGAAAACCAAUCAACGAUCCUAGUAUGGCUCAUCUCAAAGAUUCUGCUAAGGUAAUGGUAACAAAUGUGACAUCAUUACUCAAGACAGUCAAAGCAGUGGAAGAUGAACAUACACGAGGUACAAGAGCUCUUGAGUCAACGAUUGAAGCAAUUGGUCAAGAAAUUCGAGCACUAAACACACCAGAUGGUCAAAGACAAAAUGUAACUCCAGAAGAUUUAGUAAGAUGUACAAAAAGCAUUACGAUUUCAACAGCAAAAGCAGUGGCAGCUGGAAAUAGCUGUAAGCAAGAUGAUAUCAUAGCAGCAGCAAACAUGGGUCGAAAAUCAAUCAGUGACAUGUUGGCAAUCUGUAAAUCUGCGGCUUAUCAAUGUACAGAAACAGCUGAAUUAAGAGAACGCACUAUUCAAGCUGGUCAUGAUGUUGCAUUAAACUAUCGUGAAUUACUCCAAGUUAUUUUACAAAUUGCAUCAAGAGCUGGUGAUGCUAAACAUGCAUUACCUAUCAUUUCAAGGAAAAUAGCUCAGAGUGUAACAGAAUUAGUUGCUGUUGCUGAAUUAUUGAAGGGAACAGAUUGGGUUGAUCCAGAUGAUCCGACUGUCAUAGCUGAAAAUGAAUUACUUGGAGCAGCUGCUAGUAUUGAUGCUGCUGCUAAAAAACUAGCCAGUUUGAGACCAAGACGAAGUAUUCAGGAAACUUCUGAAGAUAUGAACUUUGACGAAAUGAUUCUCGAAGCAGCAAAAUCUAUUGCUGCAGCAACAUCAGCGCUUAUCAAAGCUGCCAGUGCAGCGCAAAGAGAACUCAUAGCUACUGGAAAAGUAGCAAGAACUCCUCUAACAUCAUCUGACGAUGGUCAAUGGUCUGAAGGAUUAAUAUCUGCGGCUCGUCUAGUAGCAGCAGCAACUCACAGUUUAGUAGAAUCAGCAAAUGCUUUGGUUCAAGGUGUCUCUUCUGAGGAAAAACUUAUUUCGAGUGCUAAACAAGUUGCUAGUAGUACUGCUCAACUGUUGGUAGCUUGCAAAGUUAAAGCAGAUCCUGAUAGUGAAAGCACUAAACGUCUUCAAGCAGCAGGAAAUGCAGUAAAACGAGCAACAGAUAAUUUAGUACGUGCUGCUCAACAAGCUAUUCAGCAAGAAGAAGAAAGAUCUCUAGUUUUAAAUAAAAGAAUGGUUGGAGGUAUUGCUCAAGAAAUAAAUGCUAGGUCUGAGGUUCUUAGAAUUGAAAAAGAGCUAGAAGAAGCACGAGGAAGAUUGACAGCGAUCAGACAAGCCAAAUAUAAGAACAAACCUGAUUAUUCGGAUGCUGAUGAUACUGAUCAAAGCGGGUAUGGAUCUAAAAGUCAAGAUGCUAAAUCUCUAAAACAUAAUUUCACUAAUAAUGUAGAUCAUCAUCAACUUGGACAACAAGUCAGCCCUAUCAUUAAUGAUCGUCAAAAUUUAGUCAGUCCUGAAAAGGUUAAUUCAACUCAAAAUACUUUAGAGCGAAAAAUGAAGGACUCAUCAUUUAAAACAUCAUCAGAAGGUCUUUAUGGCUCUGUGGGAAAUUCAGGAAAAUAUGAAAGAUAUUCUCCAGAUGGUCCUUAUAGUCCAGAACAACCAUCAACUCAUUAUAGCUCCAUUGAAAGGAAAAUCAAUGCAGAAUGUCCUGACUAUCCAGAAACAAAACAAGGCUCAAGAUUUUAUGAGGGACCAAUUGAAGGCCCUUUUCCUCCGCCACCAUCUUUAAUUGCUACUGGCAAAUCUCCAAAAUCUCCGAGCAGAAAAGUUUUCAUUGAUCCAAGGGAUCAAAGUUUGGGAAGGUUCACUCCUGACAAUCAACAAAAAUUUAUUACUGAAGAACGGAAGUUUGAACAAAAAAGUUUUGAUAGUGAUCAAAGUCAAUAUGAUGGCCUAGAAUCUUCUAAAUAUUUUUCUAGUCCUAUUUCCGAUAGAUUUAAUCCUCCACACAUGAGCACAUUUAAAUGCGAUAAAUCAAGCGAUAAUCAAAAAUAUUUCAAUAAUUCAGGUAUUCAGCAAAGCCAAACAUUUAAAAACAUUGAAAGUAAAGUUUUACCGAGAGGAAAAAUAGAAACGAUCACUACGAAAAUGUUUACUUCAAGUCCAGGACAAACAUCAUCUAUUUCGAAUUACGAAAGCACCGAGCAGAAAGAGUUCAACACAUCUGGAAAUGAUAUGUCAACUUUCAAGGGUACAUUUAACAAUGGAGCUAUCGAACAGAAGAGCACAAAACAAUCUAUGACUGAAAGAGUCGUAGAAAAGAAGACUGUAACCAUGAAACUGUCCAAACAUCAGGAGUCCAGCACAAAAUCAUUCAGGUUUGAAGAUAAAUAGAUAUUAAUUUGAUUAUUAGAAAAAUUUUAACGCACAAUUCAACAAAAAAGAAGCAGGUUCUAAAAAUAUAUUAAUAAAUAAGGAUGCAUUUUGUUUUAUAAAGUAUAAUGAAAUGUUGAAAGUAAAUGGAGUAAUAAAUAUUACUUUAACCGGGUAUUGAAGAAAAAAAGUAUGUAGAAAAAAUAAAAUUAGUUACUAAAAACAUUCAAGACUCACCGACAGUUAUAGAAAGUAGUCCAAAAAGGCCAGAUAUUAUAGUGAAGUCCACCACUAAAGAAAAAUACAUUUCAAAAAAAUCCUGACAAUUUUUUAUACAUUGAACACUUCACAGUCAAUUAAAAAAAACAAUUGUCUUUCGAUUAUUAAAAACAAACAUAACACUAAAACAUUUGUUGAAACUUUUAGAAUUAUAGUCAAGUGUCCUUAGAAAAAAAAACAAUAACAAAAGUGCUUUCGAUUUAGCCUUUAGAACAGAAUGCCUUGUAGUGAACUCCUGUUCACAUAUACUUAUAUUAUAUUUAUUCAAAAAUAGCAAGUGAUGAUAAAUAAUAUUAAUAUUCAAUUUUGAGAGAUUUAAAUAUAACUGUCGAAAAUAAUUAUAAAUAUAAUUAAAACUGCAGAUUGAUGAGAUUUUUUAAGAGUGCAAAUUCAAACAUCAUUCAAACAUGCAAUCGGCGUCAUGGCGUCUAAUUGUUCGUUUUAGCGGGAUUUUUAGUACACAUGCGCAAUAAACAAAUCAGCGAACGCAGUUUUACCAAAUUAAUAAAUUUUUGUAUAUUUUUCAAUGAAUAGUCCAUUUUUUUUGGGUUAAAAAAUUUUCAAAUAAUUCUGUUUUCAUUAAAUCAAUUGAAACGUUUAUUUAUUAAUUAACUAAUCAUAAAACAUACUUGUAGUUAGUAAAGUAUAUAUUUAUUGUACACUAAUAUUAUAAAAAUAUUCUGUCGAAAAGAAAAAAUGUAAAUGAGCUUGCAAAUUUUUUUUUAACUAAUUGGAUUGAUUAUCCAAUCUCGUCAUGAUGAUAUAAAUGCACAAGACUAACAAAAUAAUUUUUAUUUAUAUUUUACAAAAAAAAAAAUAUUUUAGAAAAUUUAACUGAUCUCUAAUAAUUCUUUAUUAAUGAAUUAAUUAAUGAUUAUAUUACGAAAUAUGUUAUGGAUGGUUUGAAAACAAAGACAAUAAUAUUUAUAUAUUUAUACACAAGAUAAAUUUUUAAACUAUAAAAUACAAAAAAUCUAAUUUUUCGAAAAACGUAUACUUAAAAAUCAAACAAUAAAUCGUGAUUAUUAAUACGUAUUAAUCAAUCAUCAUGAAUUAAUAUUCAAAUAUUUGAAACAAAACUUUUAUUCAGACAGAUGACUAUUAAAAAUAGUAAUUUUUUCUUAAGUUCAUUUAAUUUUUUACAAUAUACAUAUUGUUUUACUACAAUCUUUACCUUGAUUAAUAUUAAUGAUGUUUUUUUUCUAUUUUUCCUUCAAUUUAGCACCAAUAAUUAUGAAUAAAUUAUAAAUUAUAUAAGUUAAGUUCAAGUUCGUUGACAACACGAUAUGAUCAACAAGAGAAGCAACAUAUCAUUUAAUUUUAUUAAUUUUCAGGAAUCACAAACAACAGCAUUCAUUGCUAUGUGAUUUAAUAUUACUUUCCAUUAUACUCUGUUUAUUCAAUUAACCCAUCCCUAUUUUGUUCUUAAUGAUUAUAAUUAUUUUAAACAUUUAUUUUCUUUCAAACUAACAUGUCUUCCAAUGUAAUCGUUGCUAUGUCUCGAAUAGAAUCUCAUUUUUAUCGUAAUUAUUUUAUUUUUUUUAAUAUUACUUUUAUGAUGAUUAUUGAUUUUAGUGGUAUACGUAUUCAGAAAAAAAAAAAUAAAUUAGCUGACAAUAGUAAUGACACAAUGGCUUCAAAUUGACUAAGCAAAUACUUCUUUCAUUCGAUAAAGUAAUUUUAAUCUUUGAAAGUCUUAUUGUUACUUUUAUUAUAAAAUAAAACUUAUGUGCAAUUUUUUAUCUAUAAAUCAUUCGGCAACAAUUGAUGAUAAUUGUGAUUUGUAAUUGAAUGAAAAAAAAGUUAUGCCAAAUAUUUCGAUUUACUUAUUUGGUAAUUAAGAAAUGAUAAAAGAAGUAAUUUUUUAAAAGUCAGUCACUUCAUUCGGUUUAGUAUUUAACAUAUAAUAUAAAUCUACAUAUAAAAACUUUUAUAUAUAUUCAUAUCAUUUAUUUUUGUCACAUAAAUCCUCAUAAAGAACUAUGAAAAAAAAAUGUUUCUUGAAAAUGAUAUGUUUUGAUGUUCAAAUAAAAAAAUGUAAUGCCAAAUUGAAGAAAGUCUACAGGAAUUGAUUCAUGCUUUUAAACUGCCGACAAAUUUAUAUCAACAAUAAAUGAACUAGGUCUAAUAUUAUUGUUCUAAUAAUUAUUUGGUCUUUUACAAUAGUGUGAAUGCGUGCCAUGGUGUCGAAUAAAAAAUUUGAGAUCGACAAUUGAUAGGUAUUCUUAAAAUAAUACAGUAAUUUUUUGAUUAUAUUAUCAAUCAUUUCAGAGUGUUGAAGAUUGCACUAAAGUAGAAGAAAAAAACAUAUAAUGAUAAAAUAUAUUAUGUUUACAAAGAUUUAUAAAAAUUUAAUUAAGGAUGUAAUGAACUAAUAAACUGUGAAUCUUAACAGUUAUUGAUAGAUAUAUGUUAUAGAAUUAUUAUUGCUAGAUAGAUUCUUGCGCACCUUGUAUAUUUUAUUAUUUUAUUUUUUGCAAUAAAAAAUAAUUAUAGAAAUAUUUUUAACAUUAUCUCUGUAACAAUUGCCAAAUACAUUUUCUAUUCAAUUACUUUCGAAUUGAUAAAGUAUGUUAUUUUUCAAAAUUACAAUUUUAUAGAAAAUUAUUUCAUAUUUUAGUUCUAAUUAUAUCU